AUGAAUUCUGUGGAGGGAGGAGGAGAGGAAGGCCUGGCGACGGCAGGUCCGGGUAAACCUGAGUGUCCGCGGGCCGUCGACGUCCUGACGGUGCUCCGAGAGAAGGUUGCCUUUGUGUCAGGUGGGCGGGACAAACGUGGAGGACCAAUCCUGACCUUCCCUGCCAGGACCAAUCACGAUCGAAUAAAACAGGAAGACCUCAGCCGAUUGGUCACUUACCUGGCGACCAUACCCAGUGAUGAGGUGUGUGGGCGGGGCUUCACGGUGGUGGUGGACAUGCGAGGCAGUAAGUGGGACAGUGUGAAACCUGUUCUCCGGACGCUGCAGGAGUCCUUUGCCUCCAGCAUCCACGCCGCGCUGCUCAUCAAACCUGACACCUUCUGGCAGAAACACAAGACCAACCUGGGCAGCGCCAAGCUCAGCUUCGAGACCAGCCUGGUGUCGGUGGAGGGUCUGUCCCGGCUGGUGGACCCCUCCCAGCUGACCUCGGACCUGGGGGGUUCUCUGGAGUACGACCAUGUGGAGUGGACCGAGCUGCGCCUGGGUCUGGAGGAGUUCACCGGCGCCGCCACGCAGCUGCUGGCCCAGCUGGAGCAGCUGGAGGCCGGGCUGAACCGAGUCCCCAAGCCCCAGGACGUGGACGAGGCCCGCAAACUCCUGGAGGAACACGGUCGUCUCAGAAACACCAUCUCCACGGCACCAAUCGACUCUCUGGAGCGGGAGGGGCGGAGCUUGCUCCAGCGAAUGCGAAUGCCCUCCCACGGUGACGCCUCCUCUGAAGGAGGUGGAGGAGGUGGAGGGGGUGGGAGUCACGGCAGCUGGCUCUCCGGCGGCGCAGACUUCCAGAGCAUUGCUCCAAAGGUCUCGGCCCUGCUGGAGCGCCUGCAGGUGGCCCGGACCCACCUGCUGCAGAGCUGGGGCGACAGGAAGCUGACCCUGGACCAGACGCUGCAGCUGCACCUGUUCGAGCAGGACGCCGCCAAGAUGUCGGAGUGGAUCGCUCACAGUAAAGAUCUGUUCGUCCAGAGUCUGGCGGAGGUGGGUCAGAACCACCAGCAUGCCCUGGACCUCCAGACGCAGCACCAGCACUUCACCGCCAACUGCAUGAACGGAAGCGUGAACGUGGACAGCGUGGUUACCGUGGCAGCCAGGCUGGCCCAGGCUGGUCACUACGGGGCGGAGCGUAUCGCCAUGGUGUCGUUACGGUUACAGGAGGACUGGAAGUCCCUGACGACGGCGCUGGAGGAGCGUAGCAACACCCUCGUCAUGGCAACCGGCUUCAACCUGGGGGCGGAGCAGUUCCUGCUGAGGGUCCAGGGUUGGGUUCAGACCUGCUCUGAAGGCUCGUUGCCGUCGGCAGCUAACGAGCUGGACGCAGCGACGAAAAAACACACGGAGCUUAACGAGGAAAUCUCCGCCGACUACACACAGGUCAGUGAGAGUGGUAAAGCCUUGCUCGACGUCCUCCAGCGUUCCUCGCCCUCUGACUCUGAAGAAACGGCGACAAAACCCGACUUCACCUCUGCCACGCACGGCAUCAUGGGAGUUCUGCACCAGGUCAUGCAGGGCCACCACGAGGUGGAGGGGGCGUGGCAGCACCGUAAGCUCCGCCUCCACCAGCGUCUGCAGCUGUGUGUGUUCCAACAGGACGUCAGACAGGUGUUGGACUGGGUGGAGCAACAUGGAGAGGUUUUCCUGAACAAACACACCGGCGUGGGGAAGUCUCUGCACCGAGCGAGAGCGCUGCAGAAACGCCACGACGACUUCCAGCAGGUCGCACAGAACACGUACACUAACGCAGAGAAGCUUCUGGAAGCGGCGGAUCAGCUGGCUCAGUCCGGAGAGUGUGAGGAGGAAGAGAUCUACCAGGCAGCAAGAGACCUGGAGCUCAGGAUGCAGGCAUUCAUACAGAGGGUGGAACAGAGGAAGCUGCUGCUGGACCUGGCGGUGUCUUUCUACACACACACCAAGGAGCUGUCGGCCUGGAUGGAGGGUCUGCAGAAGUCUCUCUCCGUUGACCCCGGUUUGUCUCCGGACUCGGUGGAGGGUCUUCAGUCUCUGAUUAGCCAGCAGCAACAGCAGCAGGCCAACACACAGGAAGCUGCGAUGAGUGUCAUCCGGGAAGGAGAAGACCUCAUCCUGCAACUCAGGCCUCAGGGCAGCUCGGUGGCUCAGGUGGAGACAGUGCUGCAGCUGCUGGAGGAGGCUCACGUGCAGCUGGAGGAGCUCUUCCACCAGAGGAAGCUGCGCCUCGACGUCUUCCUGCAGCUGCGCAUCCUGCAGCAGUGCACCCUGGAGGUGACAGGGGAGAUGGACGCCUGGAAGCAGGACCUGCAGAAACAGGCGCAGGAUUUCUCCGCUGAGAAGCUAGCGGCGCCGCGGCUAGCAGACGGUAACCCCGACAAGCUAGCUCUGAGCCGCAUGGUGGAGGCUAAUCCAGAGGUGCUAACGCUAGCUCAGCAGCGCAUACACAGGCACAUGGAGAGACGCCUGGCGAUGAACAACAUGAUCUAUGAGGUCAUCCAGCAGAGCCACGACCUGCAGCAGUACAUCAGCGAGGUGCAGGCCUCAGGUGUGGAGCUGGCGGAGGCAGAGGGGGCGGGGCUUCCCCCUCAGGUGGAGGAGCUGCAGCGCCACCUGCAGGAGAAACAGAAGGAGCUGCAUCAGAUCGCAGAUCACACACACACACACCUGGAGCAGAACCUACAGCUAAGACACCUGCAGAGCCAGGUCAAACAGGUGUUGGGCUGGAUCCAGGAGGGGGAGGUGAUGCUGUCGUCCUGCAUGCUGAACUCCAGCUGUCUGUCUGAGGCUGAGCAGCUUCAGAGGGAGCAUGAGCGCCUCCAGCAGGCCAUCGAGGCGCUGCUGCACGCUGACUCUCUGCAGAGGACCCACCAGGUGGCGCUAGCGCUGCAGCAGAGAGCCGAGCUGCUCGUCAGGUCGGGGCACUACGACCCGGACGCAGUGCGCUCCUGCGCCCAGACGGUGGCGCUGCACUGGCAGACGCUGAUGCUGCGCAUUGAGGACCGCCUGAAGCUGGUCAAUGCCUCCGCUGCCUUCUACAGGACCUCACAGCAGGUGUGUGGGGUUCUGGAGAGUCUGGAGCAGGAGUACCGGCGGGAGGAGGACUGGUGUGGGGGGGGGGAGCGCCAGCCGGAGCUGCUGCUGCCGCUCGUCAGCAAACACAUGGAGCAGAAGGAGGCCUUCCUCAAGGCGUGCACCCUGGCCAGGCGAAACGCCGAGGUGUUCCUGAAGUAUAUCCACAGGAACAGCGUCACCAUGGCCAACAUCUCCGGGCACAGCGGGGGGGCAACCGAGGUCACCGGGCACUCCAGGGUCCCCGAGCAGCAGGUCAAAGGGAUCCUUAGUGAGCUGCUUCAGAGGGAGAACAGGGUUCUUCACUUCUGGACCCUGAAGAAGCGCAGACUGGAUCAGUGCCAGCAGUACCUCAUGUUCCAGAGCCACACGCAGCAGGCUCUCGAUUGGCUGCAGCAGUCAGGUGAUCACUAUCUGGCCACUCACACGUCUCCGGGGUCGAGCAUGGGUGAGACGCAGGAGCUUCUGAAGCAACACCGAGAGUUCUGUGUGUCCGCCAAGCACACGCAGGAGAAGGUGCACCUGCUCAUCCAAUUGGCUGAGAGCAUGCUGGCUAAAGGCCACGCCCACCGGAACGAGCUGCGCCGCUGCGUCUCCGCCGUGGACAAACGUUACCGAGACUUCACCGUGAGGAUGGGGCAGUACCGCCACCUGCUGGAGGCCGCAGGGGGCUGCACGCAGGACAAUAAGGACCUGGAGCUGGAGCUGAUCCCUAACUCUCUGUCGGACUCGGACCCCGAGGUGAACCUGUCCGACCCGAGCCACCAGGUCAGCGACGAGAAGAGGCGCUCCGCUCGCAAGAAGGAGUACAUCAUGGCCGAGCUGCUGCAGACCGAGAGGGUCUACGUCAGAGACCUGCAGGAGUGCAUCGAGACGUACAUGUGGGAGAUGACGAGCGGAUCGGAGGACGUCCCGUUAGGACUCAGCAACCGAGACGACGUCGUGUUCGGGAACAUCCAGGACAUCUACGAGUUCCACAACAGUAUCUUCCUGAAGGAGCUGGAGAACUACGAGCAGCUCCCUGAAGACGUCGGUCACUGCUUCGUCACUUGGGCGGAUAAGUUCCACAUGUACGUGACGUACUGCAGGAACAAGCCGGACUCCAGUCUGCUGAUCCAGCAGCACGGGGUCGCCUUCUUCGAGGAGGUCCAGAGGAGACACGGUCUGAACAACUCGGUGUCGUCUGCACUCAUCAAACCAGUUCAGAGGAUCACCAAGUACCAGCUGCUGCUGAAGGAGCUGCUGGGCUGCUGUGAGGAGGGGAAAGGGGAGAUAAAGGAAGGACUGGACGUCAUGCUGAGCGUCCCCAAGAGAGCUAACGAUGCUAUGCACGUUAGCAUGCUGGAAGGUCUGGACGAGGGUCUGGAGGUGCAGGGCGAGCUCCUCCUUCAGGACUCCUUUCUGGUCUGGGAACCGAAGUCUCUGAUCAGAAAGGGGCGGGACCGACACCUCUUCCUGUUCGAGCUGUCACUCAUCUUCAGCAAGGAGAUCAAAGACUCUUCGGGGCGGAUCAAGUACCUGUACAAGAGCAGACUGAGGACGUCAGAGCUAGGGGUGACGGAGCACAUUGAAGGCGACGCCUGUAAGUUCGCUCUGUGGGUCGGACGCACCCCGACCUCCGACAACAAGACGGUGCUGAAGGCGGCGUCCCUGGAGCUGAAGCAGGAGUGGGUCCGCAGCAUCCGCCAGGUGAUCCAGGAGAGGAGGGGUCACCUGAGGGGGGCUCUGAGGGAACCCAUCCCCCUCCCCAAGACCCCCAACCCAACGCUUGGGAGGCAGCGUAGCAUCAGCCGCAGGGAGACGAGUGAGGACGCAGACAGUUUUGGAGACGCCAGCAGUCAGCCUGACACGGUGUCCAUCGCCUCCAGAACCUCCCAGAACACUGCAGACAGCGACAAGCUGUCCGGAGGCUGUGAGUUAGUCGUGGUGUUGCUGGAUUUCUCCCCCGGAGCGGCCGGAGAGAUCGGGGUGCGCUGCGGUCAGACGGUGGAGCUAGUGGAGAGAUCAGUGGAGAGACAAGGGUGGUGCUUAGUGAGGACCACCGACACUACACCUGCACAGGAGGGGCUGCUGCCGAUGAGCGCCCUCUGCCUGUCUCACUCUCACAGUGCAGCAGACAUGGAGGGUCUGCUCCCCCCCACCACCUCUUCCUCCUCCUCCUCUUCCUCCACCGGCACCACCACCUCCUCCUCCUGCAACUCUUCCUCCACCACCACCACCUCCUCCUCCUCCUCCUCCUCUGCAGGCCGCGACCCCUCCCUGUUCAGCUCUGACGCUCCCUCUCAGAGUGCGAUCCCCCCCGCGGUGUUCGGGGGGGCUUCCGGCUCUCCGGGGCCAAAACGCAGCGGCUCCGGGACAGGGAACACCCUGAAGCGCUGGUUGACCAGUCCGGUGCGCCGGCUGAGUCAGGGGAAAGCUGACGGACAGAAGAAACCUCCAAUCAGAGCGAGGAGGCGGGACAAGGAUCAGGCCACGCCCCUCACAGCCCAGGCCAAGGGCAGGAAGGAGGAAGGGGGGCAGAGCGGGGGGGAGGAGGAGCCGGAGGAGGAGAGCACCUCCCUCCUGCUCCUGCCCCCCCCCAUGCAGAUCAUCAAGGACCCCAACAACCCAGAGGCUCUGGACUCGGACCAGGGCUCCAACGAGUCGGACACGGAGCAGAGGAACAAAGCGCUGAGAGGACGCAUGUUUGUGGUGAACGAGAUGAUCCAAUCAGAGAAGGACUACGUGAAGGACCUGGCCGUCAUCGUGGAGGGCUUCAUGUCCCGGCUGGAGGUGCGAGGGAUCCCCGAGGAGAUGAGAGGAAAAGAUAAGAUCGUGUUCGGAAACAUCCAGCAGAUCUACGACUGGCACCGCGAUUUCUUCCUGGUGGAGCUGGACCGCUGCGUGCAGAACCACGACCUGCUGGCCGACCUCUUCAUCAGACACGAGCGGCGUCUGCACAUGUACGUGGUUUACUGUCAGAACAAACCACGGUCAGAGUUCAUCGUCCUCGAGUACGAAACCUUCUUCGAGGAGAUCCAGCACGAGAUCAGCUGCAGGAUGUCCAUCAGUGAUUACCUGAUCAAACCCAUCCAGAGAAUCACCAAAUACCAGCUUCUGCUCAAGGAUUUCCUCAAGUACACGUCGAAAGCAGGACUCGACUGUGAGGAGAUCGAGAAAGCGGUGGAUCUGAUGUCGUUGGUCCCGAAGCGCUGCAACGACAUGAUGAACCUGGGGAGGCUGCAGGGAUACGAGGGGAAGUUGACGUCCCAGGGGAAGCUGCUGCAGCAGGAGACCUUCUGUGUGUCGGAGCAGGACGAGAGGGUUUUAUCUCGCAGUAAAGAGCGCCGUGUUUUCCUGUUCGAGCAGAUCAUCAUCUUCAGCGAGCUGCUGCGCAAAGGGUCCAACAACCCGGGGUACCAGUUCAAGAACAGCAUCAAGGUGAGUUACCUGGCCAUGCAGGACGUCGUGGACGGAGAACCCUGUAAGCUGGUUCUGUGGUCCAGAGGUUCUCCGGAGAGGUUCACCCUGCAGGCGUCCUGCGACUCCAUCAAGAACACCUGGACGGAGACCAUCGGCACGCUGCUGGACGCGCAGAACAACUUCCUGUCAGCGCUCCAGUCUCCCAUCGAGUACCAGAGGAAAGAGGGCGGGAUCUCAGUGACUCGCCCUCUGUCGUCAGGGCGACCGCCGUCAGCCCCGCCCACUCCCAACGGACACGCCCCCCCAACCGACAACGAGCAGGACGACCAGGAGCUGGUUCUGGUUCAGUCGGACUUCGUGGCCGUGCGGGAGGACGAGAUCUCGGUGCUUCGUGGAGAGAAAGUUCAGAUCCUGGCAUCGAACCAGCAGGGUCAGAGUCUCGUCUACCGGCCGGCCAACAGCGACUCCCCGGCCGCCGAGGGCUGGGUGCCACGCAGCGUCCUGAACAAACACUGACACACAACAACAAAAACAACAACACACAGGAAGCGCUGCGGGGGGGGCCGGGCCAGAGGCAUGCUGGGAGAUUAUUUUAGGGGAGAGUCUGAAGACGGGAGACGUUUCGAUUUCUUCACGAAGUUAUGAGAACAACGUGUUAGACUUUGGAGAACAUUGAGAACAUUUGUCGAGUUUUAAGAAAAGUAUAUUAGAAUUUUGACAGAGUCGCUGUUUCGUCUCCUCGCUCCACCCCGGACUAAUUCAUAAAUAUGUUCCCCGCCACACCUCGGCCCAGCUUCCUCUCCAGGAUCCAAUCAGACGCUCCCAGCCGCAGGGACUGUUAGUCUCCUCCCGCCUGGUGCUUUCAGGUGAAAAAAACAAACACUCCUCGAGUUUACUGCCCGCAAAACUGUUUCCUGUUUGGCGUCAGAG